AUGGAAGAUGUACUGUUGCUGCUCUGUUUAUCUGUUAGGAUGUUAACGAAUGAAGUCAUUCUAUUAAGGCUUCAUUCCGAGAAUGAACUUUUCUUUUUUGUCAUGGAAGAUGUACUGUUGCUGCUCUGUUUAUCUAUUAGGAUGUUAAUGAAUGAGAUCAUUCUGUUCAGUAUGGACCUAUCCAGUUGUUAUGCUGUUGUGUACUACAAAGGGGAUGAUAUUCCGUUGAAAGUUUCUUUAGAUACUAUGAUUCUUGACUUUGAAAUAUCUGUAUGUGAUUAUUGGAGAAACUUGACUCCUCGGAGCAUAAGAUUUACUAGUCGUUGUGAUAAAGCUCUCAUUAAUUGUGAUUAUUCUCUUCAAGGUCUAAUUGUUGUUACUUGUUCAAGGGAAUUGUCAAGUUUUGAUCUGUUUGUUGAGGAGGCUUGUCAUGGUGUUGCUUCUAGCUCUUCGUAUGGUAUUUCCACGCAGUCGCUCAGUGACGAUGAAUCAUGCACUGGGUUCACCGAGACUUCAAAGAUUGAAUACCCGACGGAAGGUCAUGAGCAAUUGAAACCUCUUUUAUCCGAAGGUUGGGAGGAUAUUUUUAAAGGUGUUGGUCAAGUUUUUCAUGGUGGUGUUGAUGAGGUUCGCUUAGCUGUCAGCAAAUACUACAACAAGUCUGGCUAUACAAUUGCAAAAGUUAAGAAUGACAGACUCAGGUUCAUAGGAAAGUGUGGUAGGAAUGCAGAAUGUCCUUGGUAUCUGCACUGUAUUCCAAUCGAUACCGCUAAAAGUGUCUUUGCUAUCAAGGAAUUCAAUGGAGAGCAUAAAUAUGGUGGCGCUUAUAAGCUGAAGGACCCACCUGUGAAGAAGAAAUUGAUUAAGCAUCUAUUCAAGGAUCAAACACAGUCAAAUCCGUCGAUAAAGCCUAAUGAUAUGGUUGCUCAGGUGAAGAGUUGUUAUGGUAUUGACAUAAGAUACCAUCAUGCUUAUAAAAGGAAGGAAGCAUCUAAGGCAGAGAUAUAUGGCGAUGAUGUAAAAAGUUAUACAGAUCUUAUUUGGUAUGUUGAAGCAAUAAAGGUUACCAAUCCUGGCAGUUAUAUUAAGUUUGAGUAUGAUAAAGAGACUACACGUUUUCAGAGGCUUUUCAUAUGUUUUGUUGCCUGUAUGGAAGGAUACCGGUUCAUUCGCCCUAUGCUUUACUGUGAUGCAACAUUUCUCAACGGGAGAUUCAAGGGAACAUUGAUGGAUUCCACUGGUGUGAAUGGAAACCAAGGAUUUUUUCCUUUUGCGUAUGAUUUAGUUCUUGGAGAAGACAUUCAAGGGUGGGAGUGGUUUAUGGAGAACUUGCAACAUUGUGUCGACUCUCGUCCUAUUACCUUUAUCACUGAUCGUCAUGAAGGGCUGAAGCAAAGUAUUCCCAAGUAUUUUCCCAACUCUUAUCAUAGUUACUGUUUCCAUCAUUUGAAGAAUAACCUCCCCAUCAAGAAAUCACAUGAGAAGUAUAAACAAGUUCAAGAUUUGUUCCAUAAAGCUGCAUACUGCUAUAUUGUUGCUAAAUAUGAGUCUGCUUUGAACGAGAUGUGUAUCAUAGGAUGUGGUUGGGUUGCCAAGGAUCUGCCUCCAUCUGCUCUUGUUGAUGAGAUUAGGAUAAAUAUUAUGAGGAUGAGUGCAGAAAGGUCUGAGCUCGGUAGAAAUUAUAGUGAUAGUUUGACUCCCAUCAAUAAAGCUCUACUCAAGUCACAUGUCGAUAUAGGGCGUCCAUGGAGCGUUACGGAGUCAGGUAAUGGUAUAUAUGAGGUUCACUCUCCUAGCUCUCAUGCUGUUGAUCUGAUGCAUAUGACGUGCACUUGCCAGGGGUGGAAAGUGUUUGGUUUCCCCUGUGCUCACGCCACUGCUGCUAUUACUAUGAGUGGUAUUGAGAUGUUGAGGUUUGUUCAGCCUUACUUUGGUUCGAAUCAUUUUCGCCAUACGUAUGCUCCUGCAAUUCGACCCAUUCCCAAUUAUAACAGGCCAGAAGCAUAUGAACCUGAAGAGAGAGUCCUACCAGGUAUUCCAAGGCCACCUCCAGGAAGACCACCAAAGAAGCGCAUUCGUGGUGCUUAUGAGAAGGAGAGGAGUCCUAUGAAGUUCUCAAAUUGCAAGAAGAUUGGGAACCGCAACAAAGCUACCUGUCGUGUAUUAAUGCUGGAGUAG